CGCUAUUCUUAUAUUAGAUAAUUAAAACAAUCAAGAUCAUAACCAAAGAGUGUUUAGUUACAGCCCUGAAUGUUGCGUAUUCUAUCAUUUAACACCAUCUGGGGCCUGAUCCCAGGGUUAACAAGCUUCCACAGCAUCGCAACAGCAGAGCAGCCUACGUAAGGACUCGAGAGCAUUAGGUCCUGGCUAUAUCAUCUCUUGACGUAGAUACAGUGAGAUUGGCCGUAUCGAAACGGAUAGUAACAUCAAAAGGACAUGACUCAAAAAGCCGUAUUUUCCCUGGCUCUCGGCACUUAAGGCCUAAUCUUUGAAGCAAUACUUGGUGAUCCCUCUUGUCGCCUUUAGCUGGAAUUUAGUAGACAUAUGUUCUCAGAAGCUGCAAGAUGAUAACGCUGAACUUAUGCUGAAUUCUAAGACUUUGAAUAUAGGUCGUCUUGUUUAAGCUAGGGUUAUUAAGGCUACUUUUGAUAUCACCUGGAUUUGGAAGCGACUUAUCUGGGAGCGUAUACCCAUUUAGCUUGACUCUCUAAGCUUAGAGGAAAUGGAGUCGUCGUGGUCUCCUCUGACAAAUAAAAGAACAGAGGGCAGUUCUUAGCUUUGCAUUUUCCUUUGCGGCACGGGACUCCAUAAUUGUAAACAGAUGGAUGACAUCGUUCCUCUUUCCCCAACGUUAUGGAAGUCUUCUCGGAACCUUUUUCGCGGCAUGGAAAUUGAGCACCCUUGUGGACUCAUUGAUCGUGCAUUUUCAGCUCCAACCCUGUUUUCUGGCAUGUUUCGCAGCCGGGCUCAUUGUAGAGUCAGCCAGCCACCUUAUUGUAGCUGUAUCUAGGUAUCCUGGUUUGAAGAAGGCGGGCUUGUCGUCUGUUUUUCUACAGGGCUUUGCAAACAUGCCUUUAUGGAAUAGGAUUUGCCGCGGCCAGGUGUGUCGCAGGUCAAUCUUGCUUUCGUAGGUGGCGUCGCGUUCGAUUGGUCAAAAUUUGCAGAAAGAAGUUAAGAUUUUCCUCAUAAAACGCAGAACAUAUCUAUAAGGUUUAUCGAAGGAAGGUUCACU